AUGGUUGUCGAUACGGCAUACUAUGACAUUCUCGGUGUCCAGCCCACCGCCACCGAUAUCGAAAUCAAAAAAGCUUACCGAAAGUUGGCUAUUGUCCACCACCCGGACAAGAACCCAAACGACCCCUCGGCCCACGAAAAGUUCCAGGAGAUCGGUGAAGCCUACCAAGUCCUUUCCGACAAGGACCUCCGCGCCGCCUACGACAAGUAUGGAAAGGACAGCGCCAAGCCCUCCGAGGGCUUUGCCGACCCCGCCGAGUUCUUCACAUCCAUCUUUGGCGGUGACGCCUUUGUCGACUGGAUCGGCGAGAUUAGUUUGAUGAAGGACCUGACGGCCACCAUGGAUAUCACGAUGCAAGAGGGCGAGGAAGGUGCCGAUGGCGAAGAAGCUGCCGACGGCGAGUUCCCGGGUACUGAGGAGGCCAAGAAGGAGAGCGCCAAAGCCGCUGCCGCCGCCGAUGCAGAGAAGACUGGCGCGACCGCCCCCGCCGGGUCCUCCACAGCCCCCCCGCCCGCCGUCGUCGUCGAAGACGAGAAGGAGAUCCUCAAGGCACGCGAUGCAGCCGAAGCUGCCGCUUCAGCGUCGGGUGACGCCAACAAAACCAACACGCCCCCUCCCUACGCGGCCAGCGCGCCUCCCCCUUACGAUGCCAAGGCGAGGACACCAUCGCCGAGCCCGUCCGGCACAUCGAAGCGUCACCAGAUUCCUCUCCGUCCUGCCCUGAUGGACAGGCCCUCGGAUGAAGUUGGAGUGGGCGCCGAGUCGGAGGAGUCGCUGCGUAAAAAGGAGAAGAAGAAGGGCAAUCUUACAAAGGAGCAGCGCGAUCAGCUCGCCGCCUACGACAAGGAGCGUGCCCGUGUGCGACAGGAGCGUGUCGACACGCUCGCCCGCAAGCUGCUCGACAGGAUAAGCGUGUGGACCGAGACGGACAAGGGUGCCGACGUCACCAAGUCCUUCCAGGAAAAGACGCGUCUCGAGGUGGAGAACAUGAAGAUGGAAUCAUUCGGCCUAGACAUCCUGCACGCCAUCGGCCAGACCUACCUCGCCAAGGCGACGGCCCUGCUGCGGAGCCAGAAAUUCCUCGGCAUCGGCGGCUUCUUCAGCCGCGUCAAGGACAAGGGCACCAUCGUGAAGGAGACGUGGAACACAAUCAGCUCUGCCAUCGACGCGCAGCAGACCAUCGAGGAGAUGGCACGCAUGGAGGAGAAGGGUGGCGAGGAGUGGUCCGAUGAGCGCAAGGCUGAGUACGAACGUCGCGUCACGGGCAAGAUCCUCACGGCCGCAUGGCGCGGCUCCAAGUUUGAGAUCCAGAGCGUGUUGCGCGAGGUGUGUGACUCUGUUCUCAACGACAAGAAGGUUCCCCUGGCCAAGAGACUAGAGCGCGCCGAGGCGCUGGUCAUCAUCGGUGACAUUUUUUCCAAGGCCCAACGAUCCCCCGAGGAGGAGGGAGACUAUCUCGUCUUCGAGCAACUCGUCGCCGAGGCAGCCAUCAAGAAGGACAAGGAGUCGAAGAAGAAGGGCAAGAAGAACGCCGCCGCGGCCGAGGUCGCCGAGGACGCGCCCAACGUGCCCAAGCCCGAAAAGUCGUAG